CCGGCGUAGAUUUGUGAGGGAGUCCGUCCUUGAGGGAUUUCGGUAGUUUUUGAAUACUGCGUCCAACGGUGAUUCUCGCAGCGUAAGAAUCAAUCACUGCUCUAGAUUGAAUGCGCAAGGGGGCCCUUGGCAGGAAGGGAGGAGGAGGAGCAGUGACGGUGAUGGUGGCAGAGAUGGCGUCACAGCAGUUCUCGGUGACGCUGUCGCCAUCGCCAUCGCCAUCGCCGUCGUAUUCGUCAUUAAGCGGGUCCAGUCAGAAACGGAAACGAUCCGCGCAGGAUGCUGCUGCAACGGCAGACGAGUUUGUGGCAAACUCCCCGAACCCCUUCCUCCAACCACACUCCAACGCUCACAUCAAAGCGUCCACCAAUCUUCUCAACGGUGGUGACCCUGUCGGCUCCCUCAACCAGCAGCAGCAUCCGAUUAUAAUGCCGUUGUCCUCGCUGGACUCGCAGCACACGCUGCCGGAAAAUCCCGGGAGCUCGCUGGAGGAUGAGGACGAUGGGGAAAAUGGAGGGCAUCAUCACGUCAUGUCGUCCGAUGGGGUCAAGAAUGGGCCUAGCUAUGGUCGGUUCGAAGGUGCGAACGGCGGUGGGGAUGGGGAUGAAGAGGAGGACGACGAUGAGGAGGAAGGCGAAGCGAACGAAGAAGAAGGAGAGCACGACGAAGAUGGGGAGGACGACGAGGAAGACGAUGACGAAGAAGAGGAAGAUACGAUGCAGACAUUCUCAGCUGCACGGCUUGAAGCGCCUCCUGCACACAGCGUUUCCCGCGUGAAGGUUGAACCAUCAGUGGAUGGAGCUCGAGAGUCCGGAGCACAGUUACCAGCCGUGACCCCAAGUCCCAAUCUAGCUGGUGCCAGUGGCAACUCUGUUGACGUCAAGCCUAGCGUGGCAGAUACAAUUCAGACCAGUGGUGCUUAUUGUUCUCGCGAAGAAAAUCUUAAGAAAGAGGAAGAUGCUGGUCGCCUUAAGUUUAUAUGCCUUAGCAAUGACGGCGAAGAUCAGCAUAUGAUUUGGCUUAUUGGUUUGAAAAACAUCUUUGCAAGGCAACUUCCCAACAUGCCUAAAGAGUACAUAGUGCGUCUUGUGAUGGACAGAAGCCACAAAUCUAUGAUGAUCAUCAAAAACAACAACGUGGUGGGAGGUAUUACAUACAGACCAUAUCUUAGCCAAAGAUUUGGGGAGAUUGCCUUUUGCGCUAUUACUGCCGAUGAACAGGUGAAAGGGUAUGGUACACGCUUGAUGAAUCACUUGAAGCAGUAUGCGCGUGUUUCUGAUGGUCUUACACAUUUUCUUACGUAUGCGGAUAACAAUGCUGUUGGUUACUUCACCAAGCAGGGAUUCACAAAAGAAAUUGAAAUGGAGAAGGAGAGAUGGCAUGGUUAUAUCAAAGAUUAUGAUGGAGGGACCUUGAUGGAGUGCCGCAUUGAUCCAAAGUUACCCUAUAUCGAUCUCCCUGCUAUGAUUAGAAGUCAAAGGCAGGCUAUUGAUGAGAAGAUCCGAGAACUUUCAAACUGUCAUCUGGUCUAUCAAGGGCUUGAUCUACCUAAGAAGGAAGCUGGAGUCCUCAAGCGACCCUUACGAAUAGAAGAUAUUCCGGGUCUUAAAGAGGCAGGGUGGGUACCUGAUCAACCACCUCAUUCUCGGUUUAGGCUCAUCAACAACCCCUCAGAUGGUCCACCUUCACGUCAAGCUUUGCAUAAUUUUAUGCGAUCAUUGGUUAAGGCUGUAACUGAGCACGCAGAUGCGUGGCCUUUCAAAGAACCAGUCGAUGCACGGGAGGUUCCUGAUUACUAUGACAUCAUUAAGGAUCCCAUCGAUUUGAAGACCAUCUCUAAACGCGUGGAAAGUGAACAAUAUUAUAUAACUCUAGAGAUGUUUGCUUCCGAUAUGAAGCGUAUGUUCAAUAACGCUCGCACGUACAACUCUCCAGAAACUAUCUAUUACAAGUGUACCAACAGGCUGGAUUCAUUUUUUACAAACAAGUUUCAGGCUGGUGCUCAGUUGGUCAGCAGAUCACAACACUUGUAACGCAAUUCUACCCCAAAGCCAGGCUACCUGCAAAUCCUGUGGAGCUCUUAUGCUCUAGUGCUGUGACACAACAUAUUUGUUUAUGUGAAUUUUUUUAGUAUCGUGUACAGAAGAAUUGGUCCAAUUAGCCUAGAGAUACAAAAAUUACAAUUAUGGUCAGUGUCAUCUGCUAGGUAUGCGCAGGUUAGUUAGCAUACGAGUAGAUUGAUUGUACACCAGGCACUUGGUUUAGGUCGUCCCAGCUUUUCUUACGGUACACUCAUGGAAAGGCAGCUUCAGAUGGGUGGUUUUCUGUUCCUUGCAGAGGAGAAGCAUUCAGGUCUGAACAGUACCUCCACUUUGAGACAGGUUCUCCGUAGAGUUACUGGACUUGCACGAAGAUCAACAAAUGUAGAUUAUUGAAUUUAAAAAAAAUGCACGGAUGAAAGUGAAGUUAUGAACA